CACAGCUACAAGAGCUUAGAGCAUCUUCUUCUUUUACCUUUUUUUCUUUUUUUCUUCUUUUUUUUUGGAUUUCUCUUUUAUCUUCUUCCAACGAUUCGUUUUUAGCUGUAUGAGGUUCUCGUCUUGGCCCCUCGUUGCUUUGUCUUUUGCCCCGCACCUGGCAUCGGCAAUUUCACCACCAGCACGGUGGGGUACAGGUUGCGCCUAUGCUCUACAAAGAAUAUAUUGCUUUGGUGGCAGUACUUGGUCCUUUCAAGCAGGUGUCGACGCAUCCAGAACAAUGAACGAUCUGUUUUUUCUCGACGUCGCCGAAAGUUUUACGAUCAGCAGCUCUGGUUCAGCAUGGAUCGGAGCCAACAAUACCGGAUCUUUGGAAGCAGAGCAUAAUUUCAUGUUUGCCAUAACAUCGAUACCAGAAAACAAUACGUUGUAUAUUAAUGGAGGCGUUGGAUCAAUGAAUAACAGUUUGCUCGUCAAUCCAUCUAUCGCUUAUAACGCCAAGACGGAGACCUGGACCGCCGUAAGCGGAAACAGCGGUCUCCAAACCUAUAUACAUUCGAUGUCCGUGGGCUCGGACAACAAGGUCUAUGUCUGGGGUGGUGUAAGCGAUUCAGGAAACGGCUACAUCAGCGUGGAUUAUCCACGAAAUAUGCGAAUCUUGGACUACAAUAGCAAUCAAUGGUCUACAGUCAUGCUACCCAAUAGCUUUGCUGCGCGUAUCUACCAUAUUUCUGUCAUGGGCAACGACCAAAGGACCAUUUACUUCUUGGGAGGCAUAACAGAGCAGCAAUACACGAACGAAAACGGCACCACUUCUUUUGAAGAAGCCGAUGCACUGUUCUCUGAUAUCCUCACAUUCAACACAGAGACUUCACUUUGGGCUACCAGAGAGACAGCAGGCGACUACAUUCCAACACCAAGAGUUCUCCAUGCGGCAGCUCUGAAGCCGAACACCAAUGAAAUUGUUAUCUAUGGUGGUGCUCACACAAAUAUUUCAUUGGGCGUCGUUCCGGACUUUUGUGCUGUGUUGGAUACGACGUCGAUGCAAUGGACAAAUGUGAAUUUGAGCCAAAGUGCCGGUGCAGGAGCACGUUUUGGACACGCAGCCGUAUUUCCUGAGGAUAGCUCGUUAUUAUUUGUCAUGUUUGGUAUUGACAGCAAUGUGUAUGAGCGAACUGAUUUCCAGGUGCUCGAUACAGAUGAUUGGCAGUGGGUUGAUAGCUAUGUUGGACCUGGUCGCAAGGAUGAUGGAUCCUCGGGUGAUCCAGAGCACCCAGACAACGCUGGUGGCUCAGGAGAGGGUGGAGUUUCAGGAGGCACCAUUGCGGGAGCAGUCGUUGGCGCGGUAGCUGGAGUUGGUAUAAUUGCUGGUGCGCUUUUCUUCUUCCUUCGACGAAGAAGACGUAAUCAAGGCGAACAAAACUCCAGGGAAAAGGGAGACGACAGUCAGCGUCCGGCAUUCCUUGUAGAUGUCAGCGAUCAUGGACCGGGAUCGCCACCACCUCGCUAUGACGAUCAAACAGCACCUGCCAUGUUCCAUCAGGAGCACUACAGCGCGCUUACACCAUCACAGACAGGAGCAGAGCAUCAACGAUCCUCUUCCUAUUCUAGCACGGUUGAACCCACUUCAGAAACGGGACUCAGUGGCUCAACGAGUGAGGCAAUGCUAACUGAAGGUAGACGAUCAUUUGGUGUCGAAGCUGGAAAACCCGAUGCCUCAGAUGCUACUCCUCGUAUGACUUUGCAGCCAGUAAAGCCUGAUGGUGCUGGCAGUAGUUAGUAAAACAUAUUGACUUUCUUUUUAAGUAAAUCAAAUGAUGACUAUCACCCCUCCAUAAAUAAUUUUUCUCUUAACUAUUUUCGCUUUUACUUUCAAACAUCUUGUAAUACUUCUUAACCACCACAGACCUAAACGUAGCAAUAAAUGCUGAUCCCUUCUUCUUCUGACCGCAUACUAUUAUCUACUCCUCUACAUUUGAGAGCUGUGUUUCAUUGUUGCACUAGCUCAUCAGU